GAGAGGUUUCCCAGAGCCUUGUUUAAGUGCCAGGCCUGAAGCAGACAUACAGAGAGUGAGGAAGAGGAGCAGCGGUACAGCCCGGGAUAGGUGCCACAUGGCUGAGCAUUAGCCUUGUCCCAAACCCGGCCUGUGUGCGCUGGUGGAGAUUUGAGAUUAAAGUUAUGGAGUACCUCAACUUUGUCCUGUCCUGCAUGGGGCUGCUCUUCCUCUGCUUUCCGGCCUCCACUCAGAAGCUCUCAUCAACAGGGAGGAAUGUUUGCCUCAGCCCAAGGAGCUGGGCACCUGAGUGUUGUUCAGGAUGGGCCCAGGAGGGUGACGAGUGCACGAUACCACUCUGUGAAGGACAGAAUGCCUGCGGGCAGAAUGAGGUGUGUGUGUCUCCUGGAGUGUGCAGAUGUAAUCCAGGCUUCUUUGGAUUCGAGUGUAAAAGUGCCUGCCCUCCUGCCUUCUGGGGCUCAGACUGUCGUGAGCAGUGCCUGUGUCACCCUCAUGGCCUGUGUGACCCUGCUAUGGGUGCAUGCACAUGCUUUCCUAACUACUGGGGCAAUCUGUGCCAGAACAGCUGUAAAUGUGGACGUCAUGGCCGCUGCAACUCCGUCUAUGGAAACUGCACUUGUGAAGAGGGCUGGUGGGGUUCCAGCUGCACCAAAGUGUGCCAGUGUAACUCCAGGACCUCCAGCUGUGAUCCUGCCACAGGCCUCUGCCUCUGCAAAGAGGGCUACUGGGGGCAGAAGUGCAGCCAUCGCUGCAACUGCAAUACAUCACCUUGCCAGCAAAAUUCAGGCGAGUGUCAGUGCACAAGUGGGUGGUGGGGACCCAACUGUGAUCGGCCUUGCAUCUGCGACUUGAGCCACAGCAACUGUGACCCCCUCACAGGAGAGUGUCUGUGCCACCCGGGUUACAAGAGACCCAUCUGCCGUGACCUGUGCAGCCCGGGGUACUAUGGCAGUGGCUGCUUUGAGAGAUGUGGACACUGUGAAGGAGACACCCCCUGCUCUAAAACGGACGGCUCCUGCAGCUCCUGUGCACCGGGAUGGAAUGGCACACGGUGUGAUCAGCCCUGUCCAUUUGGUUACCAUGGCAUCCGGUGCCAGGAGCUGUGUCCACACUGCAGGAAUGGGGAACCAUGUAAUGCAGUAACCGGACUGUGUACACACUGUGAACCUGGCUGGACUGGACCCAGGUGUGACCAGCCUUGCAACGAUGGUACUUUUGGGGACAGCUGUCGUUUCCUGUGCAGACCUUGCUAUCACGGUCACUGUGAUCAUGUGACAGGAAGUUGUCUUUGCCAACCUGGCUUUCAGGGUGAGAGAUGUAACAGUUCAUGUCCGGAUAAGAUGUAUGGAAUAAACUGCUCGUCAACCUGUGACUGUGGAGACGAUGCAUGCCAUGCUGCCACUGGAGAAUGUCUCUACAGCUUUCGGGCGGGGCUUCUUGCAGGACUUCUGAUUCCUCUGCUGAUUCUCAUACUUGCCUUAUUGUUUUGCUGCUGCUGUUGUGGAACUCCAGCUGAUGGGAAGGACAGAGUGGCAGUAGGGGAUGGGAGUACAACAGGUCGAAUGAAGCAUCAUGUCUACACAGUGCUAGCCAACAUGAGCUCAGCCAUGCCGUGUCUCACUCUCUGGUCCUCUGGGCUUCCCAGGGUUACAGUGGUCCAACAAAUGGUCCCUGUGCUCCAUUCCAAAUUGGUAUUCACCUCAAGGCAGUUGCAAAUCCUACAAAAAGUAUUUACACCUUCAGUAUGUAUCAUCAGAAAAGAAUUCUCACUCUAUACUAUUGGAGUUUCUCACCAUGAUCCAGAGCUCACCUUCAACCACAGCUUCAUCGAGCCCCCCUCAGGCUGGGUCUCAGACUCUUUUGAGACUGAUGAGGAUGGAGAGGCUGUGUACUGUGUCCCUCCUAGAGAAGACAUCCCAGCUGUUGCAGGAGGUGAACUUCAGUUCCAGGAAAUGGGCUCGAAGUGUAACUUCUUAUCUGAGCCACCAACGUUCAGCAGCGAGGACAUGUCUCUGACUUUCGGCAUACCAAGGACCUCUAGCAUUGCCAAAUCCAAGCGGCCCUCUGUUUCCUUUGCAGAAGGCACCAAGUUCAGCCCAAAAGAGCGGCGUGGAUCUAAUCAGGAACUUGCCCGCAAGCCCAAAACUCCAUGGGGAGUCCUGAUGCUCUCUAGCCUGCAGGGGGCACAAGGAAGCCAAGGGCAGACAGAAGGUGAGACAGAGGAGGCAAGUGAUGAUGCAAAAGCCUCCUCAGAGGAACAAGCAGCUAACUCCCUACCUGAGGCAGACUCUGAAAGGUACGCCUCCACCCCGUCAAGGACUCAAUCAACUGUACCAGGCACCAGGCGGAACACUCCGUCCAACCCUAAGAAGAGCCUACAGCCCUUGUCUGAUGGGCAAGGGAUGGACACAGGAAUGGAGAAGGUGUCCACUGUUUAUGUUACUGUAGGCAAGCCUUUGCGGGCAUCAAAGGCAGACUUGAGCUCUGAGGGGCCAGUGCAGGCCAUGCUCCGCAGACUGGGCAGUAUCCAAAGACAGAGAGAGGAAGCAGCACAGCCCAAAAGUAAGGGGGUUGCUGUGACAAAGCCCCCACGCAGGAAACUGGGGGCACGUGCCAGCUUGUGGGAGCAGUCGGCUGUUUCAGGACAGCCAGAUGUUGUCCUUAGGAAGCCCAGCCGUAAAAAACACACUUCCCUUAGCUCUCCAUGUACAGUAGGGGCUACAGAUUCGCUGCUGGAGAACAGCACCCCAAAGAGACCUCUGUCAUCUAUACUCAAGAGUGUUCCAGAAAGCACUACACAGGUAUCAGGGGGGGACAUGGGCACAAGAACACCCUCUGAAUCAGACAACAAGAGUGAAGCUAUCUAUGAGAUAGUGGCUGUAUCAGAUGAGGUGUCUACUUCAUCAGAACUUAUCACUAACGAGACUCUGACGGAUCAAGAGCCGAAAUAUGAAAAUGUGUAUAUAAAUCACUCAUGUGACUGAGUAGUUCAUAUGCUAUGUUGAAACUGAUUAAUGUUAGAAGUAAAUCUAAAAUAUAUGUAUUAUUUUAUACCAUAUGAAACAAACUCCCACACUUUCUCCCUACUCGCAGUUCUUCUUAGCUUACUGGUUUGUUUUUCCUCCCUUUGUAUGUAUUUUAAACUUUUGUUAUUUCUUUUAUAAAUCUUUCAAAAUUACUCAUC